AUGAAAUCACUUGGCUUAUUUUCCACAUCUCCACGGAUUCGUUCGUCUCCAUUUCUUUCUCUUUCUCGAACAAGUUUGAGUCGCGUUGCCCUAAAGAUUCCACCUUCGCUCUACUUAUCCCCUCCAAAGAGAUGCGGUGGUUUUGUCCGUACGUAUUUUUCAAAUUCAGUGAAGAGCUCGAGUUCUGAGGGUUUAUCGAAUUCACAUGGUGGAAUCAUGUCUAGUGCAUCGAUCAGUGUCUUGGAAGGUGAAUCGAUUAACAAUUUCAAAGUACAAGUGGGCAGUCCUAUCUCUCCGCGUUCUAUCAAUCCGUUGGCCAAGAUGAGUCCAAGCGAUCAAGCAUUUCUUCUCUUGGCCUUCAUCGUUUGCACGGUAAAGAAGAUGACUGUGUCCGACUACUUGAUAUUGGUUAAUUCGGACAAUUUGCGGUCUAGCCUUCCUUUUGUUGAUUCGUUGAUAAAUGACCGUGUCUUGUUUGUUCAUCUCUUGAUGGUCACUGUGUUGCAGGUUUCUGUGGCUUUUACAAGUUUUGUGAUCGCAGCAGUUCCCACACUUGUGGCCAUAGGUAGAGCUGCAUCUUCCUUUGCUAAGUUAGCCGACACAGCUCGCCAGGAACUCCCUAGUACCUUGGCAGCCAUAAGGCUCUCCGGCAUGGAAAUAAGCGACCUUACUCUCGAGUUGAGCGAUCUAAGCCAAGAAAUAACUGAUGGGGUAAACAAAUCAGCUCAAGCGGUCCAAGCAGCUGAAGCUGGAAUCCGGCAGAUUGGAACACUUGCACACCAGCAAACUCUCUCAAUGAUUGAAGAGAGAGCAAGCUUACCUGAAAUAUCGCUGCAACCUCUUGUGGCUGGUGCAGCCGAGAAGGCUUCUCAAGCAGUAGGCAGAGCAACCAAGACAUUAAUGAACACUAUAACCGGAGGAGACAAGGAUGAAGAUUCCUUACAUCUUUAG